GGAAAGAGAAGUGGACGCGUCCCCGGCUAUUUGGACCUGUGUAGGAAGUGUUUUAUCGUCUGUUAACCAAAAUACUGGUGUAAAAAGGCUGGAUUUUGCCCGAAAAGUAAGUUCAAGCCAUGGCUGGACCUGUCAGUUUGGAGUUGGAUCCCAUCUUCCUUAAGGGACUGAGCUACCUGCACUCCAAGAGUAAAGAUUCAGCCGAGAAACUCAAAGCUCUGCUAGAUGAGUCCCUCUCAAGAGGAAGUGAUUCAUCUUAUCGCUCAUCACAAAAAGAUAUAGAGGUGUCCAAGGUCUCUGUGUCAAAACUCAGCUUAAGUAAACAGGAUUCCAAGUCCUCCUCCAGUUCCUCAUCCUCCAGCAGCAGUAGCAGUGUCAGCAGCAAAUCCAGCUCAGAGAAGAGCAGGAAAGAGGGGGAGAAGAGAUCAUCUGAGAAGGUCAGGGUUGACUUGGGUGAAGUGGACCCUCCGAAAAAACCACGUUUGGAGAAACAGGAGAAUCGUUCUUCUCCAAUUACUGUUCAGACAAGCAAAGACCUCCUGCCAAAUAUAAACGACUACGAUGAGACAAACGCUGAUGACUUUGCCAUGGAAAUGGGUCUGGCUUGUGUGGUUUGCAGACAAAUGACAGUGACCAUGGGAAACCAGUUAGUGGAGUGCCAGGAGUGCCAUAACCUGUACCACCAGGACUGUCACAAGCCUCAAGUGACAGACAAAGAAGUUAAUGACCCACGGCUUGUGUGGUACUGCGCCCGCUGCACCAGGCAAAUGAAACGAAUGGCCCAGAAACCUGCACAGAAGCCGUCCCCCGCCUCUGCAUCUUCAGCACCGGUUGUAAAAGAUACACUAGUGAAAAAGGCAGAGUUUAAAACCAAGACUGACACAGCCAGCACCUUCCAAGCCUUCAAAAGAACAGAAGUGAAGACAUCCACAACAUCAGCCAAUCCCGCCAGCAGCAACUCCUCUUCCUCAGGCAGUGGUCUUACAGGCUGGGCUGCAUUCGGCGCCAAGACAAAUCCUUCACUUCCUGCCAGCUCCAAACUGGGUUCCUCAGGACCAAGUGGGAGCAGCAAGAACUUGCCCACUUCCUCUGGCCAGAAACCUGUCGGACUGUCUGGGCUAGCAGGAACAAAGUCUGGACUUGGGGGUGUGAAGAUGCCUGGGGCCGGCAACGGAAACGGCUCUAGCCAGGUGCCUCUGAAACCUCCUCCACCCCUAACACUGGGUAAGCAGCCACUGAACCGUUCAUCGAGCGGCGAAAACCAAGGGAAAGGGUCUUCUUCAUCAGGCGCUGGUUCCCCAAGUGGCUCCCAGGCAAGCACAGGGGGAAACGGAGGGUCCGGCAAUAAUGGAGGAGGUAACGGGAACAAUGGAAAUGGGUCAAAGGCUCCACCAGGGGACAAAGCACCAACGUCCCAAGAGUCCCAGCUUAACGCCAUGAAACGAUUACAACUGGUGAAGAAGAAAGCAGCGCAGAAGAAACUAAAGAAAUGAGUAGAGUUAGAAAGAAACAAGGAGGAGUAGGAAGUGUGAAUGAGUAGAAAAUAAAAGCUUAAACAGUGUGGACUUAGUUCCAGAGCAUUAUGUUUGUAUUGCAAGUCUGUACAUUGAGUAACACCAUCCAUUCAAAUACUUGAAUCUUACUUUGUGUAAAUGCUGCUGGACUCUGUGUGCCCCCUUUAUGUCCUAACCAAUCUAACCAGUGAAAAAGUGAAGUCACUUUUUAUCAACAAAAGUCAUUAAAU